UACAUCCAAUGGACAAAAGCGCAACGAUCUCCCUCUGCGCCUCCUGCGACGCUGCCUUCGCCUAUCAUCCCGAACUCGGUUCAUCACAAUUCACGCUAGACGCCCUCCGGACGGGAGGGGUGCCCGAUACGGAGGAGUCUAUCGACAUACAGGAUGCAAUACAACGCGCAGAACGUGAGCUCAAGCGCUUUGACCCAGAGAUCGACCGCUUGCUCGCCAUCGUAUUUCGCCUCCGAGCACAAAAAGGGGCAGUCGAAGAACUCCUGGCCCAUCGUCGCGCUUGCUUCUCCCCUUACCGCCGUCUACCUGUCGAGCUGCUGCGCCAAAUUAUGGUCGAUGCAUGUGCUGACUCCGCCUUGGAGUAUAGUGCGCCUGCCGGCGUCUCACAUCCAAUCUCCUAUUACACGGCGCUCAGCAUCAGCCAGGUCACCCAGCGGUGGCGCAACAUCGCACACGCCACGGCGGAGAUAUGGGCACCGCUGCUGCGCGUCAAACUCACCAAUACCAUGGAUCGUGAAAUAGGCAAGAUCGAAUCUGACAGGGUAGCGAUGGUCCUCCAGCACUACUUUCACUUUUCGCGGUGUACGCCAUUUGACAUACACCUCGCAACUACUCAUAGUACUUGGAUUCCUCGGCAAUUCGGAGGAAACAGUUUCGCUCUUGAUGAUAUCAUAUCCACCGCGUCUCGCUGGAGGACAUGCAAGCUUCCGUAUAUUCAACUUGCAGAGAUUGACCAACAAAUCGCCCGCUACACAUUGCAUGAAUUGGUCAAGGUCGAGAUUGUACCCAGCAUAAUGGCGGUCGCUCGCGAUCCAGACCUCAAGAUCGUCAGCUUUGCCAGCACUACAAAAUUGCGCUACUGGGACGGGCCGAUAGCGAACACGCAGCUUCGUUGGGAGCAGCUUACUACCCUCAUCUCGACGAGCAGGCUGUCUCUUGCAGCGUGGGUACCCAUAUUGCAGCGCUGUCAGCAGAUCGAAGUACUCAAAAUGCGUGUCGGCGAUCGACAUGGAGGGGACGCGCUGCCCGCAAUACAGCGUGUCCACCUUCCACGGCUGGCGCAUUUUGCGCUUCACCUUGCCGAUGACCCCAGAGCGCUGGCGUACCUUUUCGCUUGUUUUGACACUCCUCUGCUGCGAGUUCUGCAGCUCUCCGCCCCUCGAGCCUCGGGAAGUGACUUGCUCAGGCAUUUCCGCGAGGAAGGCUGGCCGCAUGAGCAGUUUGAUGCCUUCAUCGAUCGCUCUGGAUGCACCAUCCGCCACUUGGCCUUGCAGAUGCUGCCAAUUUCCUGCACGGACGUCGCGGCGCUGUUUCAAAGGCUGCCCGGUCUCACCAACCUCCAGAUCAUGCAUACGGAGAGGCGGGAUCACUUGCGAGGGCCAACGGACGUAGCCGACCCGGCAGAAUUCUUCGUCAACGACGAUUUCUUGCGACAGCUUAUGGCCGUCGAUGGUGGAGAGCCUGCUAUCCUGCCCCAGCUCAAGCACCUCAUGCUGGCAUGCCUGUUCCGCUGCAACUUGACCUUGUUGGCGGACAUGAUUCGCUCGCGAGUCGACGUACCGAUUGAGACAUUACGUUUACAUCUGGCGGAGAGCUCGAUUGCGCCUAACAAAGAAUUCAUCGCUGGGUUGUUUGCGCAGGUCGGGAAGGGUAUGCUUUUCAGCCAGCACCAGCGUUAUGCAGUGCGCGAACAGAUGAAGUGGCUACGCGGAGAGGACGCAGAUGACUUUGCUACUCUCGGUCAAUUUCCUGACUUUUGGAGUAGCUGA